CUUUCCCCCUCCAUGUGCUUUCUCCACCACAGUUCUGACCAUGCACAUCCGCUCUCAACUUGUCCUGUCUGCCAUUUGCGCUGCGCCAUGUGCCAUCUCAGGACAUCUCCCACAUAAGAGCUGCAAGGCUUUCCCCGGAACACCAGGUUGGCCGUCUAAAACACAAUGGAAUCAUCUCAACCAGUCACUAGGAGGAAGAUUGCUCCAGCCAACCCCUCCUGCGGCCGUGUGCCAUACAGACUGGCCAAACUAUAACCCUUCUGCCUGCUCAGACGCCAAAUCUAACUGGAGUGUCUACGAAUAUCACUGCGGGAACCCUGUAUCCGUCAUGUGGGACCAGUUCACCAACGACACAUGUCUGCCCAAUGAAUAUUUCCCCUGCAGUGCUGGUGGAUACCCUGCCUAUGUUGUAAAUGCGACUACACCGGAGCAUGUGAAGCUGGGAAUUGAUUUUGCCCGGAAGCACAAGGUUAGGUUGGUCGUCAAGAACACAGGCCAUGAUUACUUGGGUCGCUCUAUCGCACCAGGUGCACUGUCACUAUGGACGCACCACUUGAAUGAUAUCAAGUACCACGAGGGAGCCUUCAAACUGGAUGGCUGCGAUACCACUAUCCCCGGCAACGCUGUCACUGUGGGUGCAGGUGCCCAGAUGUACGACAUCUACUCCGCCACAGAUGAAUUCAAUGAAACCAUCGUUGGCGGCGGAGGGAAAACAGUUGGAAUUGGCGGUUAUAUCACUGGAGGUGGCCACUCCAUCCUCGCGCCACGCUACGGUCUUGCGGCGGAUCAGGUCUUGCAAAUGGAACUGGUUACGCCGACUGGCCAGAUUCUCACAGUCAACGAAAACCAGCACUCUGAUCUGUUCUGGGCAAUGCGCGGAGGAGGUGGUUCCACCUUUGGCGUUCUCACAAAAGUAACCCUCAAGACGCACCCAUCCCCGAAACUGCUCAGCUCGGCCUUGCUGCUUGUUACCACCCCAGACGCCCCAUUCCUCUACGAUCUCAUUGCAUACACGCUUUCGAUGUUCCCGACCUUGGGAGACGCAGGUCUUUCCGGCUACUCAUUCAUCACAUCUGGCAUCCCAAACCCAAUGCCUUCCCCCGGUGCGCCGGCAGAGCUUGCUGGAGUCAUGGGACAAUUUAUUCUCCAAGACGCCGAAGACACGCAGUACCUAGACAAUAUUUUGGCCCCACUGAACCAGACAAUUCAGACACGCUGGUCUGGCGGUGUGCAGAUGAUCGUAGGCAACGUCGCCUAUGGCUCGUUUCUGGAAUGGUUCGACGACCACUACGACCAAGGAACCGCGGGGAACAGCUCGUACCUAGUUUCGAGACUUCUUGAUAAACCAGCGCUGCAACACGACCAAGCUUCUUUGGCAAAGGCAGUCAAAGCAGCUAUGAGUGUUUCGGGAGGACUUGGGGCGUUCAUCGUCUCAGGGAAAGGCGUGCAUGACGCCAAGCCUCGAGGCGGUAGCGACGCGGUGAAUCCGGGUUGGCGGACGUCAUAUGUGCACUCACUUACUGCGCAAGGUUUCCCUCCCUUCAACGAAACCGCAAGGAUCGAGGCCAUCAACAGUCUUAACGAGGCGUUUGAACCAUUGCGUCGACUUGCUCCGGACACAGGUGCUUACAUUAACGAAGCACUUCCAUUUGAGUCCGACUGGCAGCACACCUUCUGGGGGGAUAACUAUGAACGAUUGUUGAAGAUCAAGCGGUCGGUUGACCCUCAUGAUGUUUUGUGGUGUGCUCCGUGCGUAGGUAACGAGCGGUGGAAACAACGGCAUGAUGGGCGUCUUUGCAAGAUCGAGUGAAAAUGGGUCUUGAAUACGGGAGGCCUAGGGCUAGGGAACAAAUAGUACACCAAACAACCCUGACGUAAAAACUUAGCACUUCUUCUGCUCAACUGUACCCAAUACCGGUUAGCAGAGACACAAAUCUACCAAAAGCAGUAGUUUU